AUGGCCGUUUCUCAGGAAGCCUCCGACAUUAUCCAGCGCAAAAAGCUGCAAUACUGUCGCUACAUCGACACUAAUCAACUGCAACAACUCGACACCGUCAUUAUUCCCGACGCAAAGCUUUUAUUUCUCCAAUCGGAUGGCUCCGUCAUGAAUGCAGGAGGAACCGAUUUUAGCUUUUCGUCGAGGCAGGAAUUUGUAUCGUACUACGGCUCCGCUUUCGAGGGCCAACAGACGAUGCACCACAUCGGAGCGGGAGACUUUGAGCAGUUGAGCCUGAACGAAAUCAAAGCAAUCUGGGGAGUCAUCUAUUAUUCUAGCACGAAGGAGGCGGUGGGGGGCUUGAUGGCCUCAGGGGGAGGAUAUUACUACGAGACUUGGACGCGGAAGGAUGGUGAUUGGUUCAUGAGCAAAAUGAGGUUUGAGCGGGCGUUUUGGAAGAUAACGAGGUCGGAGUGA